AUGCUACUUCACGACUUUGCCACGCACAUGUCCUUCGUCAGUCCUCAUCUCACGGCAACCCUCACAGUCGAAGACUUUGUUCGAUUUAUAUCACUGGCCUCCGAAGUCCAACAUCGCGCCGGCACCGCGUUGCGUCUCACACCAAAAAGCCCUCCAGUUCUCCCUUUCCUCAGCAAAGCUCUUGACCCCAAAUUUCCAACUCACCUUCUGCAAGACUUAUGGAGUAUCAGCUUCCAAUUGUUACCCACCACGAGGUUCGACCCUGUGGCUGCCAUCCGAAAACUGGGACUUCAAAGUGAUCCCAAAAUAGCUGAACAAUACCUACGCGCCCCGGUAUCGAAAUGCCUUGUAUGCCCUGAAGCAUUAUCACCAAAUUUGCACCUCCAUAGCCGUCUCAAUGGAUACCUCUACAACACCGACGGUGUCCACCCAGUUCAGACUAUCAUCCUCGAUUGCCCACGAUGCGGUGCUUCGUAUAGGCCAAGUUAUUACACACACACCAGGAUGCGACACUAUUACACCCUUGGAAUGGGCCGCGACGUCGACAUCCUUCACGUUCACUGCCACUACUACAUCACCAACAGGUUGGCCCAUAUGUUACGUGUAAUACAGAUGCUUGCCCAUGUUUCACACUUCAACUUGACAAACUGGUUUAAUGAGGUCUACGUUGAAAACACCGACGUUCCUCUGUUUGAAUUGGGUCAGGUGUUUUCCCCGGCGAUGUCUGAAGUUGUGUGCCUAGACGGCCUUGAACUGCGGGAUUUGCUAGCCCACCAAGAUCGUCGCCAAAGUCAACUGGUGGUUCCUGCCAACGGAACGGACGACAAUCGAUUUGACGAGGCUAUCGCCUACCAUCUGGACCAAUUGGAUGUGGAAGGGACCAGAUUCCGAGACCAUUACUGUAGUAAAUGUGUCCGUGUGAAAUCAGGAGGGGUGGAUCCUGGAACAGGCGAAGAGGUUUUCCUUGCAGCUCGAAGAGCUCGCCAGCACGGCAGGACUCCCCGCUCCGGAAGGCCCUUGUACCAACCCCCUCAUCAAAAACAACGACCGCUUCUGUGA